UGGGACACGAUGGCUAGUUUCUCCAAGUGUCGGGUGGCGCGACGUGGGCCGGCGCCCGAGCCGGUCGGCGACGGCACGUUGCCGAGGGUCGACGACAGUUGAAGCGAAUAUGGCAAGGUCCAGUCGCAAGCCCGACGGCACAACGAGUUGCACCCUUCCGAACACGGACUUGUCUACGCGAUGCGGCGGAGGGCCUGGCCCGUGGCCCUCAUGCCACGCCGCCUCGAUUCCAUGAUAUCAUGUAGCUGAACGCGUCAUGGCCGCGCCGAGACUGCUACACAUGGCGGGGGAACUUGUCUUGACAGUUCUGGCGUGCGAGCGGGUCAGGUUCAACUCGUGCACCACAUGGCGGGCAGCAUGGACCAUGAGGUCCAACCGGGUUUAUUUGUAAACUUGCUCGACCGAUGAGCCUUGCCAACAUCCGAUCGUCUGUCGUUGACGCCAAGCGGGACGGCAACCACACCGAGUACGCGAUCCGCGUCCAGACGUUGGAUGCCGACGUCGUCGUGCAUCGCCGGUACUCUGCGUUUGUCCAGCUGCAAAAGUACGUGCACCGCCACAUCUUCGAAGGCCAAUGCUGCGGCGGCAAGUGCCUCCUCGAGUCGUUCUUGACCGGCGUGUUCGAAACCGAGUUCCCCAACGGCAACUUCCUCACCAAGAACUCGGCCAAAGUCGUCCAAGACCGCGUGUAUUUCCUCACCGACUUCCUCCAGCUUCUCCAGGACGCCCUCGCCAAGUGCCCGCCACGCAUCCUCCAGCGAUGUGAAAACGAAGGGUGCAAGGUCUCCAAGCUCCUCAAGAGCUUCCUUGGCAUCGUGUCGCCCAACCCGGCCACCGUCGAGUAGGCGCCUCACUUUCCAGUAGUCGUCCCUGUAUUUAAUUCGAAUCCCAUGUCUCCAUCACUUUCGUCA